UUUUCUUCGAUGGAGAAAAGAGCUGUCUGUCCCGCAAGAAUUCUUAAAAUUUGAAAAAUGAGAAAAAUUUAUGAAAUAAAAUUAAAUUCUGGGCAAUAUAUGAGUUCAUACAGAAAAUUUUUUUACUUACAAUUUGGAGCCACAUGAUGUCGCUGUAGACCACGGAAUCUCUCUAAACGUCUUUUGGGUGUUGAAGAAAAGGUCUAUUUUGUCGUUAAAUGAUGCAAAGCAAUGGCGGAUGCUGCAGAAUAAGACUGCAGGAAACGGACAAUCAUCUUUUUCUGUGUUCCAAGAUUUGAACUAUUCUUUUGGAGUAAAGCAAAGAGUGUUUGCGAUGUUGUUUUCCUGGAGAAGCUUCUUGGGAGCCCAGCAGUUUCUAUUCUUUCUGCUCCACACAUUCUGGGAAGUGGGGAGAAGUCAGGUCCAUUACUCGGUGCCGGAAGAAGCGAAACACGGUACGUUCGUGGGACGCAUCGCCCAGGAUUUGGGACUGGAGGUCGGGGAGCUGAUAUCCAGGUUAUUCCGCGUUGUGUCCAAGGGCCGCAGGGAUUACUUGGAGGUAAAUGUGCAGAACGGCAUUUUGUUUGUGAAUUCUCGGAUCGACCGUGAGGAGCUGUGCGGCCGCAGCCCUGUUUGUAGCAUCCAUUUAGAGGUGAUCGUGGACAAGCCUCUGCAGGUUUUUCAUGUGGAGGUGGAGAUCAAGGACAUCAAUGACAACCCUCCUCUAUUUCCAGUGAAGGAACAAAAACUGUUUAUUCCCGAAUCCAGGUUGCUUGAUUCAAGGUUUCCUGUAGAGGGAGCCUCUGACUCGGAUAUUGGCUCUAAUGCCUUACUUAGUUACAGGCUUAGCGCCAGUGAUUACUUCAUUCUAGAAAUAAAAUCAAAGAAUGAUCAAAAUAAAUUGGUCGAACUAGUGCUUAAAAAACCUCUAGAUAGGGAGGAAGUUCCUGAACAUCACUUAAUACUGUCAGCCACAGAUGGGGGCAAACCUGAACUCACGGGCACAGUACAGCUGCUCAUCACAGUCCUGGAUGUGAACGAUAAUGCCCCCACGUUCGAACGAUCAGAAUACGAAGUGAAGAUAAUGGAAAAUGCGGCUCCCGGAACCUUAGUGAUCAGACUGAACGCCUCCGAUGCAGACGAGGGCACCAAUCGGGAGAUUUUAUACUCUUUCAACAGUCUCGCUCCACCUGUGAUUAAAGAUAAGUUUCAUAUAAAUGCAGAUACAGGAGAAAUUUCAAUUCAAGGACAUUUGGAUUUUGAAGAUGUUAAUUCGUAUGAAAUCAGAGUAGAUGCGACCGACAAAGGGACUCCCCCAAUGAUUGGUCAUUGCACUGUCCUAGUGGAAGUCCAGGACGCCAAUGAUAACGUUCCCAAUAUCUCAGUAACGUCAUUGUCGCUGCCUGUCAGAGAAGAUGCCCCUCCUGGUACAGUCAUUGCCUCAAUCCGUGUGUCUGACCGAGACUCUGGUCCCAAUGGGCAGGUGACUUGCUCACUGUCAUCCCCUGGGCCCUUCACUCUGGUGUCCACCUUCAGAAAUUACUACUCGCUGGUGUUGGAGGGUUCUGUGGAUCGCGAGAGGGUGCCGGCCUAUGAGCUCGUGGUGACUGCGAGGGACGGCGGGAAGCCAGCGCUCUGGACCACUGCCGGCGUGUCUGUGGCCAUCGAAGACGUGAAUGACAACGCGCCAGCCUUCGAGCAACCUGUGUAUACUGUGUUUGUGAAGGAGAACAACCCGCCGGGCAGUCACAUCUUCACAGUGUCCGCGUCGGACCCGGACGCGCAGGAGAACGCGCUGGUGUCUUACUCGUUGGUGGAGAGAAGGGUUGGGGAGCGUCCACUGUCUAGUUAUGUGUCUGUGCACUCGGAGAGCGGGAAAGUGUACGCCUUGCAGCCCCUAGACCACGAGGAGCUGGAGCUGCUGCAGUUCCAGGUGAGCGCCCGGGACGCGGGCUUCCCUCCUUUAGGCAGCAACGUGAGCCUGCAGGUGUUUGUUCUCGACGAAAACGACAAUCCUCCCGUGGUUCUGCCCCCUCACUCAGGGUCCGGAGCGGCUGGGGUCGCAGCAACUGAGCUGGUGUCCCAGUCGGUGACAGCGGGUCACGUCGUGGCCAAGAUCCGCGCAGUUGACGCGGAUUCCGGUUACAACGCGUGGUUGUCUUACGAGUUGCAGCCUGAGUUGGGCGUCGGUCGCAGCCCUUUUCGGGUGGGGCUGUACACUGGCGAGAUCAGCCUAACACGGGCUCUGGAGGAAUCUGAUGGGCCGAGGCAGACGCUGCUGGUGCUGGUGAAAGAUCAUGGAGAACCAGCCCUGUCUACCACAGCCACCGUGCGCGUAUCAGUGGUGGAGAAUGGACAGACCUCAAAGGCUUUUUCAGGGGCUUCCGGGAUCUCGGCAAAGGCUGGCAUGGGGAAAGAGCCUGCGUUGGUGGAUGUGAAUGUUUACUUGAUCAUCGCCAUCUGCUCUGUGUCCAGCCUGUUGGUGCUGAGUCUACUGUUGUAUGUAGCACUUCGGUGCUCCUCGCCUCCACAGGCUUCCUACGGGCCCAGCAAGCCCACGUUGGUGUGCUCAAGUGAAAUGGGAAGUUGGUCUUAUUCUCAGCAGCGGCGGCAGGUUUGCUCUGGAGAAGGGGCGGCCAAGAACGACCUCAUGGCCUUCAGCCCUAACCUCCCUCCGUGUCCUGUUUCUGGAGAAAGAGGCCAGAAGCAGGAGGCUGGCCUGGACAGCUCAGGGAAGGUGGGUGAUUAUUGAUUAUACCUCUUUAUUUUUGUUUAGGUGGCAAUUGCUAUUUCCCUCAAGACGUUGCGCCUCAUUCCUCUUCCUUUAAAAUUUUAUUUUUCUCUCUUGAAAUCAUGCCUUCCAUUUCUUAAGUAACCUGCUAAGAUUUCAGAAAUGCUUUUUUCCUCUUCCACUUUAUUCUCCAUUUUCUUCUUUCUUCAUAUUCUUAAUUAUGUCCCUUCUUGGGUCAAAAUUUUCAUUUAUCUUUUACUUACAACGCUAUAGAAAUGAUAACAUGUUUGCUCCUUGGAGUAGUUUCUAUUACAUCUAUUUACUAUUUAAAAAAUACAGCCAGAUAAUUAUUUUGUGACACAUAUCUCAUUAGUCUGAAUGAUGUUGUUUUCUUCAUGUUUAAAUUCUCAUUUUUGUUUUUGAAUUCAUUCAAUUUCUUCAAUAGGCAAAAUCCAAUGUUUAGAUAAUAAUCUUUAAAGAUAUAUCAUUUCUUUGUGUUAAUAUCAUUAUAUAGCCACAAUGAAUAAUUCUUCACAACAUAUACAAUUCAUCAUCUAUUCCUAUAGCUAACUAGCUUUAAGGUCUUAAAGAUCUUCAAAAUCUUUAAGAUUUGCAAAAUGUUUUGUAUAUGUUAUUGAAUUUGAUGUUGAGCACAACAACCUUGUGAGAUAGGUGAAAUUAUUCCCAUUUUAAA